ACACAUCACACGAGCACACCAUGCUGCAACAACGAUUAACGCGAUCACUCUUCACUCUUUCGCGACAGUCGCCCGCCCUCGGCGCGGUGCACACUGUCCCGGCCCCCUACCUGGCCGCGUAUAAAGCCAUCCCGGCGACAACACAGCGCAUCGCGGCGCGGAGGUGGUACUCAUCAGAAAAGGCCGAGUCCGAUAAGAAACAGGAGGAAAUCUUGAAGAACGAAGGUAAGGGUACACAGGACACCGCAAAGGAAGGCGCGGAGCAGCAGGCGAAGGAACAGAACCCAUUGCAGAAAGAGCUCGAGGCUCUUCAGAAAGACAAUGUCGAAGUCACAGAUAAAUUAAAGCGCCAAAUCGCAGAGUAUCGCAACCUCCAAGAGCAAACGAAGCGCGAAGUCAAGGCCGCCAAGGACUUCGCUCUACAACGCUUCGCCAAAGAUCUCCUCGACAGCGUCGAUAACCUCGACCGCGCCCUGCAAAACGUGCCCAAGGAGAAGCUUACCGAUGCGAACCCCGAUCUGGUCAACCUGCACUCUGGUCUGAAGAUGACGGAUGAGAUCUUGGUCAACACAUUGAAGAAGCAUGGCAUGGAGAGAAUUGAUCCCAGUGUCGAGGGCGAAGCCUUCAACCCCAAUUUGCACGAGGCCACUUUCCAGGCGCCACAGCCGGACAAGAAGGACGGCACAGUUUUCUAUACGCAACAGAAGGGUUUCUUGUAUAACGGCAGAGUGCUGCGGGCGGCAAAAGUUGGCGUUGUGAAGAACUCAUAA